AUGCGCUUCUCACUCGCCGCCACUCUCUUCCUUGCCAGCUCAGCCCUGGCUACUCGUACCAUGUCGGUCCUAGAGCUCCGUCAGCCACCUCUCAUCACCCAAGUUGGCAACGUCGCACUCCAGCUAGAAGAUGUCGUCGGUGUGACCGCCGUCGAAGGCGUACUCGACACCCUCUUCGGCGGUGCUCUCCCCAAGCUCGAGGACGCACUCGGCGUGGCAAGCUUCUCGGCCAGCGGUGUCGGACCCGGUGCCGUCCAAGCCGCAGGCGAAGGUGUUGCCAUGCUCCUGCAGGGCAUCGGCCUUCCUCACAUCGAUGCGUACCUGGCUAGUGCCACUGGCGGAGCCAUGUCUUCACUGGAGGGCGUCCGGCGGUGA